ACCAUGUCGGCACAGGACGAAAGGGAUCAGUUCAAGCUUGAGCAAGAGACACUGUUGCCGCCGGCAGACUGUGCAGACGAUAGAGCCAGCGAGGAAUUGCACGAUGAGUUGGGCGAAGAUCUGAAGAAAGCUCUUGACGCGGCUACCGAGCAAAAACAAGAAGGCAACGACUAUUUUCGAGCCCAGAAUUGGGACGCGGCGUUGGCUACUUACCGAAGUGCGCUGGGAAGACUGCCCAAGCGGCCAAGUCGCCCUGACCCCAAUGUACGGGACAAGGGGAAAGGGAAAGAGGCAGACUCCGAGGACUACGAUACGCGAGACAUGGAGGUUACUGCGUCCACCGAGAUUCCAGCUGAGAGCCCACCUGCACCCGCCUCGACGGAGCUUCAGGCAGAAUGCGGCAAGGCCAGAGCGAUACUGAAUGCUAAUAUUGCCGCAUGUCACGUUAAACUGGGUGAGCAUAAAGAUGCCGUCGCCGCGUGUACCCAAGCACUGCUGGAUGAUCCAAACUAUGUCAAAGCUCUUCAGCGAAGAGCUUCCUCCAACGAAGAGAUCAACACUUGGUCCUCGCUCACAAGUGCACAGGAGGACUACACUAAGUUGCUCAGCUUGCUGCCGUCAAGCUCGCCGCAAGUAUCAGAAACGAGGCGAAAGCUGGAAGCUCUGAAGCCUCGUGUGGAAGCUGCCCAGAAACGAGAGACCGACGAGAUGCUGGGCAAGCUCAAAGACCUCGGCAAUAGCGUACUGGGGAACUUUGGUUUGUCCACAGACAACUUCAAGUUUGUGCCAAAUGGCCAAGGUGGGUAUUCUAUGAACUUCGAGCGGUAGCACAGCGCCGGCGAGUACAUGUCGUAAACGUACUAGAGUUCUGCGACAUAUCAACUAUGCGUCCAGCUUAGGAUGCCUCAUCUUCAGUGUCAAUAUAUACGAAAUUGUUGCGGAAAAAACCGGCGGCUGAUAAAGGCCAAACCUUGGCUACAAGUUUUCCCCUGAUUAAUCCCAUGGAUACUGGUCCAUACUGCCUAGAGUCUCUGGACAUCUCAGCGUUGUCGCCAAUAAACCAGACAUGGCCCUUGGGUAUCACCACAUGCUCCGUGGAGGGAGCCAACUGUCCUGUGGGGUCAACGCAAAUGACAUCUCCAGGAAGACCUAUCAGUCGCUUGCAGACCACGCGCGUAGGGUCCAACGGAGAGAUGUAGGUGACUAGGUCACCUCGCUUGAGACUCUUCGGAGAGACCAUUCGGCUCUCAAACACCACCUCCCCAGCUGCACUCAUGGUUGGGAGCAUAGACGGUCCAGAUACCACAUGAAUGAAGCCGAUAUGUUCCGCAAAGAGGUGAACAGCACAGGCCACGUUCACAACUGCAAGCCCUCUAAGCCCCCAUUUCUUGCCUAGACGUUCGAUGUCUGCACGCCUGAAGGAGGAUAUCGACUGGGCUAGUGCCGUCAGUCGUGACAUGAACAUUCCAUGCGUUCAGUGGCCGUGAAACUGCGUUCAGUGGCUGGGAUGAGUGACCAC